AUGCUGAAGAUCUGUUCUUGGAACAUAAAUGGUAUCCGUUCCUUGUCUAAACCUUUAAAACGUCAUCUCGAUGCCCUUAAUGCCGAUGUAAUUUGUUUUCAGGAGACCAAAGCUACAUUUGUGCCGGGUUCCGCUGAGAAUAUCAACGGUUUAAGGGACAUUGAUUUCGAAGGUCGGUUGGUGAUUGUGCAGUUGGAAACUAGUGAAAAUGGAAGAUUGCUUAGUAUCAUUAGCGUAUAUUGUCCACGUGUCGAUCCAGAAAAAGCCGACCGCGUUAUUUAUAGAGAUAAAUUUCUGGAACGCCUCAAAUUUACCGUGAUUAAACUAAUAUCCGGUGGAAGCCAUGUUGUCAUAGCUGGUGAUUUUAACAUUUGUCACAAACCCAUCGACCACUGCUGUUUAAGUGACUACAAGAAUUUGCCAAGAGGCCCCAUUGAAUGGCUGGACAGCAUGCUAAUCGAGUCCCAGCAAUUAGAAGGACCUAGACCAAGCGUUUCGAUGGUUGAUCUGUUCCGUCUUGCAUAUCCAGAGCGGUCGGAGGCCUUUACUUGCUGGAGUGUUCAAACAGGCGCGCGAAAAACAAACUACGGUACCCGCAUCGAUUACAUUCUGUGUGAUAAGGAUCUUGUCGGCACCUUUCGUAAGGGAGACGUCGUGGCUGAUAUUAUGCCCGAAGUAGAGGGUUCCGAUCAUUGUCCAGUGUGGGCCCUGCUCCCUGUCACUGUACCCACGGGACGUACCUCCUUGCCUCCGCUUUGUACUCACUUUUGGCCACAAUGCCAAAAGCGUCAGUUACAGUUGUCGUCCUUUUUAAAAAGUGUCGCACUUGAGAAGAAGACACAGACGCCAAUCGGGAAUGUCGUCAGCAAGCGGACCAAAGUACUUACCAACACGGAUAGUAAAAAACGGUGUAAACAAAGUCUGCUAAAUUUUUGCUCCAAUACGAUAGAAAUUUCCUCGAAAUCCGCAGGAAUUAAUGAUCAGGCUCCGAUGAGGCCGGAAAGAGACGGCGACGCCUGCCAACGUUGUCCCGAAUUUGAACUCGCGAAUCGGGAGCGCCAGAACGCGGCAGCACAACAGUGGCGCAGCCUCUUGGAUUGCGGGAAAAAGGCGCCAAAAGCCACUGUGCCUCUUUGUGUGGGCCACAGAGAGCCCUGCGUCAGUCGCCAGGUCAAACGACCCGAUUCCAAGCACAGAGGGCGCGAGUUCUGGGCCUGCGCCCGACCCAUAGGCGCGCCCACAAACCCGCUUGCUCGGUGCAACACUUUCAUCUGGAAGUAA